CCUGUAGACAUUCUCCUGCCCAUGUAUCGGAGCAUGCAGUCCAUCUGGAACUCUGCAGCUCUCAUCACUAUUCCCCAUUACCGUCUCCAGUAAUAUAAUAGACAUAAUACAAUUCCCUGAAGGAGGAGGGGGAGGCAGCUGCCAGGAUCUGUCACCCUGCUGCACUCGCUGCUGCUGUCACCGGAUCCAUCACCCUACAAGUUGAGCAGGGAAGACUCUUUGCAUCUUUUUUGCAUUGCCCAAGGCUGCAGCGCGGACGAAUCCCUGAGCCAGGAGAAGGUGACGUGUUUCUUGCGGAUGAACACCUUAGCCGCCUUGUGGCUGAUAUAGAGCUGCAGUCGGAUUGCUCCUCAUCACUUUGCUAGGACUGCUGCUGCGGGCUGUGUGUAUCAAGCUGUAUCUGUGUUCUGCAUUCCCCCCCUUACUCCAUCUGUAUGCAACAAGAGGAGCAGGCAGCACUCAGCUACUCCACAGAUUCCUAUCCCUCUACCAUUACAUAUAACUAUCUGGAAACUAAGGAGCUGUCCAGCACUGGAACCUCCUGAACAUGAAACUCCCUUAUGUCUACCUACUUGGAUUACUUGUCACCAGCGGGCAAGCUCUGUUACAAGUGUCGAUAUCCCUGAGCAAAGUUGAAAUUAGCGUGGGGCAGUCCAAGUAUUUCACAUGUACAGUUUUGGGAGACGUUGAAACAAUAGACUGGUAUAAUCCACAAGGAGAGAAGAUAACAUCAAACCAGAGGGUUGUGGCACAAAGAGAAGGCAUGAGAUCAUGGCUCACAAUAUAUAACGCCAAGAUAGAUGAUGCCGGUAUAUAUCGAUGUCAAGCUACAGAUUCAAAGGGACACACUCAAGAGUCUACAGUCGUUCUGGAAAUUUACCAGAAACUUUCAUUUGAAGAGGUCAGAUCACCACAGGAAUUCCGAAAAGGAGAAGAUGCAGAAGUUGUUUGCCAUGUCAGCAGCUCACCCGCUCCAAUGGUCAGAUGGUUGACUAACGGUGAAGAUGUAACAGACAUUGAUGACAGUCGAUUUGCGAUGUUAGCCAACAAUAAUCUACAGAUUAUGAACAUCAGUAAAAAAGAUGAAGGCAUUUACAGAUGUGAGGGGCGAGUGGAGGUUAGAGGAGAAAUUGAUUUCCGAGAUAUCUUUGUCAUUGUGAAUGUUCCUCCAGCCAUCUUAAUCCAACAAAGAUCCUUCAAUGCAACUGCAGAUCGCCAAGAGGACAUUACCAUAUACUGCCGGGCCACCGGCUCUCCCAAACCUCACAUCAGCUGGCACAGGAAUGGGAAAAUGCUUGAAGAAAAUGAGAAGUAUUCCUUACGAGAAGAUAACACAGAGUUAACAAUAAAAAAUAUUAUUAAUGGUGAUGCUGGAUCAUAUACCUGCAGAGCAACCAACAAAGCAGGAUUUACGGAAAAGCUGUCAUUUCUACAAGUGUUUGUGCAGCCUCAUAUUAUACAAUUGCAAAACGAGACUACGGCUGAAAACGGUCAUGUGACCCUGACAUGCGAGGCAGAAGGUGAACCUAUACCUGAGAUUACAUGGAAGAGAGCCAGUGAUGGGAGGACGUUUACUGAUGGAGACAAGAGCCAAGAUGAUCGUAUAGAAAGUAUAGGACAGCAUGGGAAAUCCUCCUUGCGUAUUAAAAAUGUAAUUUUGUCAGAUGCAGGAAGAUAUGACUGUGAAGCUGCGAGUAGAAUCGGUGGCCAUCAGAAGAGCUUGUAUCUCAAUGUUGAAUAUGCACCGAAAUUUAUUUCAAAUCAAACCAUCUAUUAUUCCUGGGAAAACAAUCCAAUUAAUAUCAGUUGUGAUGUUAUCUCCAACCCUCCCUCAUCUAUUUUCUGGAGUAGAGAAAAAAUUCUGCUACCUGCACGGAAUAUAACAAAUAUAAAGACCUACAGGGAUGGAAAAAAGAUUCUGUUAGAGAUAACUCCAAUAUCAGACAACGACUUUGGACGAUACAACUGCACAGCGAUCAAUUCCAUAGGGUCCCGGGUCCAGGAAUAUGUGCUGACAUUGGCCGAUGUACCUUCCAGUCCCCAUGGUUUGCGAGUUAUAGAACUGUCACAGACAUAUGCCAAAAUCUUUUUCAAUAAACCAGAUUCACAUGGUGGCGUCCCGAUUCACCACUAUCAAAUGGAUUUUAAAGAAGUCUCCUCAGAUACUUGGAAAGUUGUCCAUUCCCAUGGAACACAAACGAUUGUUGUUCUGGCCAACUUGGAAGCCAACACAACAUAUGAAGUCAAGGUGGCUGCUGUUAAUGGCAAAGGACAAGGAGAAUACAGUAAAAUAGAAAUAUUUCAAACUCUUCCUGUUCGUGAGCCGAGUCCUCCAUCUAUUCAUGGACAACCAGGUGCAGGCAAGACCUUUAAGCUAAGCAUCAUAAAGCAAGAUGAUGGGGGUGCCCCAAUAUUAAAUUAUGUAGUCAAAUACAGAAGUAAAGACAAAGAAGAUCAAUGGCUUGAGAAAAAGUUUCUUGGGAAUAAAGACCAUAUUGUUCUAGAACAUCUACAAUGGAAUAUGGGAUAUGAAGUUCAGAUCAUAGCAACAAAUAGACUCGGUCAUUCUGAACCAACAAUGUACGAGUUUAUAAUGCCACCAAAACCGAAUAUUAUUGCAGACACCCUUUUCAAUGGCCUUAGCAUUGGAGCAGUCAUCGGAUUGGCUGUAGCUGCCCUUCUCUUGAUUCUCGUGGUGACAGAUGUUAGCUGUUUCUUCAUGAGACAGUGCGGAUUGCUUAUGUGCAUAACCAGACGGAUCUGUGGGAAGAAAAGUGGCUCCAGUGGAAAAAGUAAAGAAUUAGAAGAAGGAAAAGCUGCAUACUUGAAGGAUGGAUCAAAAGAACCCAUAGUAGAGAUGAGAACUGAGGAUGAAAGAGUUACUAAUCAUGAUGGGAGCCCAGUUAAUGAACCCAAUGAAACAACACCUCUUACAGAACCUGAGAAAUUACUACUAAAGGAGGAAAAUGGCAAAGAAGCUCUGAGCGCCGAAACGAUUGAAAUCAAAAUAUCGAAUGACAUCAUCCAAACAAAAGAAACUGACAGUAAAGCAUAGCAUGACCCAGCCCAUCAUCAUGUAUAGAGGAAGAUUGGUGAUGUACACCCAAUGUCGGCACUCUGCUGCAGACAAUUAUUGGCUAAUAUUAGCUUUCGAUUGUCAGUACGUGUCCAUACCUGAACAACUCACAUCUACUGUACUUUAAGGUUUUGUUGAUUACUUUAGUAUGUUUGUCUGACUGAUAACAGUAUAAAUGUAUAAAGUUGAAAAUGACUGCAAAAAUUCCUUUAAUUUAUUAUAAAAUAAAGUGUACUAUUUAUAAAAUAUUUCCUUUUUUCCUUGUUAAAAAGGCGUCCUGUGGUUGGCAAAUCUGCUAUGCUAAUAUAUAAUGCAUACUUUUUCCUUAUGUAUGGCUCAUGAAUAUUAGGCUUAAUAUACAAACUAUUCAUUAGGUAGAAGCCAAAGUAGAAAAAUAUCUAUAUGUAAUGGAGCCUGCUGGGCCGGUCUUAUGCCUUUGCUGAUCAUCACCAUGACCAAUGUAGAGAAUAACAUAGCUCGGUUUGGAUUCCAUUUCAAAUGAGUUAUAUACAAGUAAUAUUAUUUUUUUAUGAAUUUUCCUUUUAGUUCUGAUUUGUGUUGAGAAAUUCUUUAAAGUUUUAUUUUUUUAGAUGAAGUUUGUGAACAAUGUGAUAUGUUUUUUUCUCAAAUAUAAUGUUGGCCAUAGAUAUAUUAAUGUCCGUGAAGUCUGGUAAACCCUCAACUUAGGGAAGGAGUCGGAAUAAAGUUCUGACAGGAAGCAUUAUCUUACAUGCAGUAGAAAUAUAUGGCAUAAGAUUUGUUUGGUAACCCCUUAUAAUUCUCUUUUAACCUAUACGUUCAGGCUAGUCAAAUUGACAAGUUAUAUGUUUCAUCCCAUUGGAUUGGAAAUAGAGUUCUGCUUUUGUCUAUGAGCUCCUGGAUAAUCUAUUUAAUCUCUAUGAGUACAUCAUGGCGUAAUAGAAUUAACACAGUAUUCUCAUGAUCAAAUGUUAUUCCCUAUCUACAGGAUUUGGAAUAACAAGUGGAUUGAUGGGGAUCCCGAAAAAAG